UUAAAUAUGCUCUCAAUUAAUAAGCGGCUAUGUAUGCAGUCCAUGUCAUUUUUGUUUGACAAAAACAAAAACAGGAAUAUUCACAUUGCACAGCAUGUUAAACAUUUUAUUUUAUUUAUGAUUGCAGUAACCAUGAAGACAUCAUACGGAAAUUGAAGCCUCUGUACAAGAUGGACUGUUAUUUGUCAAGAUCAAUUGCAAGAACUAUAAAUGCACAAGAUCAUCAUGUUUUGAUUUCUGAUCUACUUUCUUUGGAAUCAGCGUGUGCAAUUUCGCUUCGACAAAAGCAGCUUCCUUACAAAGUUUCAGCAACGAAACAAAUUUGGAUGGAAGAAGCGUAUCGAAAUGUCAACAUUCGCUUACAGAGUAAAUUAGAUGACCGUGAAAGAACACACAUCGACAAUACAAGCGAACAAAUGACAGCUAAUUCCAACACUGUUUGUUCUAUGACGAAGUUAGAAGGAGAAGUGAAUGUUACAAUUCAAAUAGCGUGGUUAACGUCAGCAGCAUUGAUGCCUUGCACAUUCAAGCAGGGGAAAAGGACCGCAGAGUCAUAUGCCACGGUAACUAGCUUGAAAGACUCGGAAAGCACACCUGUGAUGCCCGUGGUCUUAAGAAAUUGGUUGCCAAAAGUGAGAAAUACGAGUAUGCAAAAAAGUAACAUAAAGACAACAAAAACCUAUUACAAGGAAUAUUCGGGUGAUAAUUAUUUUCAGUGUUUUGGCGAUGAUAGCUAUUAUAAUUACAGCGAAGAUGAGUAUGAAGAACAGGAUGAUGAGUAUACUGACAGCGAAGAUGAUUGUUGCUUCGAUAUCGAUGACGCAUACAGUAAUGUGAGGCAUUCGAGCAAGACAAAGUUUGCUAAUAUACUCGAUGAUGACACCUAUAACGAGUUUGCUAAUUGGCACUCAAAUAAACGCUUCUAUUACGAACGUAAUGAUGACUUUAGAGAUAGACAUGUUGAUGUUCAUUAUAAUGACAGAGAAAAUGGUUAUAGCAAUAAAACCCGUUAUGGUGACUACUACAAUCGCAUCGAAAACUACGAAGCUAUAGAUGAAGACGACUAUGACUAUGAAGAUUAUGAUUUAGACCACAUGUUUGUGAAAUACAUAGCCGAUACGACGAGCGAGGAUUCCUUCAAGAGUUGGGAAUCCUAUUCCGAUGAAGACAUGUUUGGUGAGCACGAAGAACAAUACUAUUUCGUCAGGGAUUAUUCAUUAGAUGAAGAGGCAUAUGAGAAACCAUUUGAGGAAGACUCAGACUGGUAAAUGACGACAAAGAUGAUUAUCAUAUUUUAAUAUGAGUUGUAUAAAAAACUAACAUACAUUCUACGUAAUUCAAUUAAUUCCUGUUUACAGUGUUUAAUUAAAAACCCUUCGCAUAAUUGUGAUCAUGAUUUUAAAUGUUAUGCUUAAAAUAUUCGCGAUGCAUAGAUUAUGGGGCUAUAUGUAUUUUGAAUAUGUCAGUGUUGAGACGAUGUUCUUUGUUUAAU